AUGGCAUCCUGGCCCGGAGUCCUGUCCAGCCGUGCGGCGUUGACACCACUUUCGGGACAUUCUUGGUCCACAACCAGGAGCGAGAUCUACGCGUCCAGUGAUGGCUCGUCGUUGCAGGGGAGCUGUCUGGAUGAGGAUCGCCAAUUAUGGAGGGCGCCUAGCUCAACAGUCUCAGGCACGCUGCAGCCGCUGUCCUCUCGUCUGUCUGAGGAAUCUCCUCCCCGAACAACAUCAACAGCCUCGAUGGUCGGCAACCCCGCAGAGGGGAGUAGCAAAAGCCACGACGCAGGUCUCAGCCCGAGAGUCUGGGACAGCAAUGAAACGCAACAAUUCACUUCUCUAGCGCCGUCCCAGCACUUCAACGAUUCUCGUCAUGUGCCUGAUGUUGUCCGAGAUAACAGCGCUAAUCUGGUGAUUCUUCUGGACGAAGUCGUUGCCAUCCUGCAAGAUGUCUCCAAUCAGCGCUUCGUUGUCAGGCAUCUACGGGAUUCCCUUCGACAGGCGCGUGAAGAAGAGGAUGAACUUCGACUGGCACUUCGCAACAAGCUCAAUCUAACUGGCCCCGAAGCGGUUCACGUAGACGCUACGCCAAUCAACAAGGUGAUUGAAGACCUCCAGGCAGCUACGACCUCGUACCUCGCGUUGGAGAAGAGAUAUCUCAAGACAGAAGAGGGGCUAGGGGAAACGGAAUACAGUUUAGACAAGUGCAUGAGAGAGCUCACCAAAGUGCUGCGCCAACAGGGGACACACCUGACCCAACAGCAACAACCUGACAGUGAGACCAAGUACGAUUCGUCGGUGGCCUCUACAUCUACCGGCAAUGUAGGCCCAUUAUCACCCGAGGUGUCGGGGUAUUGCUGUCUGGUUGGAGAAGUCCACAUGCAUCGUGAAAACCUCGGCGCACUCGAAGCUGAAUACCUCUCCCUCAUUGACCAACAGCAAAGGCGAGAGCGCGUGGGCCUCACUCUGGACCAGGAUGGGAGCUCCUUCCUAGAUCGUUACGAAGGCGACAAAGCGGCGAUCGAAGGGGAACUGCGCGCCACGCUCCAGCGGCUAGAAGAGCACCCGCAGCACAGGACUCGUGCAGAGAAUGUUGUAUCAGAUGAGCAGUGGCGGGAUGUUCUGCGAGAUUACCUCCCUGAGAUGCCCGAGGACCAACCGCCUCCAGAUCCUCUGCGUGCAUCUGAAUUAGAUGAUCGGUCCCCGUUCUUCGAGUCGGCGCGUCCGAUCCCGUUGAACAAAUCCAACUUUGUGAACCAUUGGCUUCUGUAUCGCCUCCGCCAUUCGGCCGUCGAGAUAAUGCGAUUCAAGUCACAGCCCAAGUUGCUAAAUUUAGUAGAGGAGGGCUGGGAUCGGGAUCGUAUUAGCCAAAUGGCAAUGAUGCUAUGGUACCGGGAUGAGACGACACAGUUGGAGUCGGCGAGGAGUAACUCGGCUGGUUAUUGA